AUGGAUAACAAAAUUGAGGAACAUCUUUUAACAAUAUUUACACAAAGUGUAUCAAGUAAUUUUGAAGAGGUAAAGGCGAGUGAAGAAAAAAUUAAUUCAUUAUAUAAUGAUAGUAAUAAAGAAAAUUACAUUAAAAUUCUUCUGAAAUUUAUAAUGUAUCCUUAUAAUGAAAAAAAUGAAAAGAAAAAUUUUUAUGAUAAAUUUUUAAAUAAAAAUGUUAAAAUAAGUAUAUUAAUAAGUAUAAAAAACUAUAUAAAGAAAAGUAUUCAUAGCAAUCUAGAAAAUGUAGAAUUAAGUAAUGAUUUAUGUAUAAUAAUUAAGCAUAUAUGUAUGCAUGUUUUAUUAGAUAUAAAGAAUGAAGAAAUCAAAAGUCUUGAAAAAUAUUUUUUUGAAAUAUUAUUUAAUUUAUUUAAAUAUAAUAUUUGUGAUGAUUACGAUUACUUAUUAUUUUAUAUUAUUAUUUUAUAUAUUAAUGAUUAUAAUAUUGUUCGUUUAAUUAAUAUUUUUAAUAAUGAAGAGAAGAAAAGUAAUCCUGAUGCUUUGAAAAUUAUAGAAUGUAUAAUGUUAUACGUAAGAAAUAAAGAAAUAUUACAAAAUAUAAAUCAAGAAAAUUUUUUUAUUGAAUACAAUAAAUUGAUUGAAAAUAUUGAAAAUAUAAAAGGAAUAAUUAAUAAUAGAAAUAAUUCUUUAAAUGAUGAUAUAAUAAAUUAUAUAAAUAAUACAAAAAAAAUUUAUAAGUCUAAUGAUCAGUAUAAUCUAUUCAUGUUAAAUGAUUACUAUCUUUAUAAUUUAGAAGAAACUGCAGAACUAAAUAAUUCAUUAACUUCUAAUUACUCUAUUGAUAUAAAUAAAAAAAAUUCCUUAAAUUCAUUAAAUGGAUUUGAUUUUGUUGGUAAGGGUAGUAUUAUAAAAGAUUAUAAUAAUAAUAUAAAACUAUUAUCUGUUUCAAAAGCAAAUAUAAUUUUUAAAAAUAUAAAUAUUUCUUUUUUUAAAGACAAAUAUUCUGCUCUCAAAAUUAUUAGAAAAAUUUUAAAAAAAUAUAAAGAUAAUGAUUAUGUAUCAAAAUAUGAUUUGAAAAUUAUUUUAACACAUAUUGAGUACCCGAUAACUUUGUAUUUCAUUUAUUUAUAUAAUAAAUUUACAGAAUAUACAAACUUCAUAAAUAAUAAAUUAAGUUUAACUAAUUCAUUUUCUACUACCACUAAUAAUACGGAUAUUAAUGAAGAGAUAAAUAUUUGUUUUUAUAUGAUGAAUAGUAUAUUGAUGAACAUUCAUGUUUUUUUAAAAAUAUUUUAUAAUAUUAAUAUAAUUGAUUUACCUGAAUAUUAUGAAGAUAAUUUUGAUAUUUUCUUUAAUAUUUUUUAUAAUUUUUUAUUAUAUGAUAUCAACAUACUAAAAAAUUAUUUUAAUCACAUAAAUCUGUUGAAAAAUAUGAAAAAUGAUAUAUCCUCCUCGACAGGUUUUUCAAAUAAGCAAAAUAUAUUUAUGAAUACAAAUGAGAAAAAUAUAUUUAAAAUAACCAAUGAAGAUUUAAUAAAAUUAAAGAAAAAUUUUGAAGAAAAUUUGUUAAAAUGUAAAAUUAUGAUCACAGAUAUUAUAAAAAUAAUCUCAGAAAAUUAUCAAGAAGAAUCUAAAGCAUUCAUAAUAAAAUUAAUUUUUUCUUUAACUCAAAUGUUAUAUAAAGAAGAAGAUAAACUUUUAUUAUGCCAUAAUUAUAACUGCUUAUCGUCAACUAUUAAAUUAAUUCAUCAUAUGAAUUUAGAAAAAAAUGAUUUAAAUCCAUAUAAAGAUAAAGAUUUUUUAGAAAAAAUAAUAGAACGUGUAUUACACCAUAUUAGAUUAAAACGAAUAGAUAUAGAUGAAAUAAAUGAAGCAGAUCUAGAUUAUUUUAAAAAUGAUCUAAACAAUGUAAAUUCAUUUUCAAUUAGAUCAACGGGUAUUUAUUUUUUAAAAACUCUUUGUAAUAAUUAUUUUGAUAUAUGUUUUCCUAUAUUAGAGUUCCGUAUAUUAUCAAAAGAUUCUCUUAUAAUUUCAUCUGUUAAUAUAUCUAAUUUAAAUAAUGAUGGUAUGAAUAGAAAUACGGACACUGAUUUGAUAAUAGAUAAAAAUGAUACUUUUUAUGAUGCUUGUAAUAUGGAAUAUAAAGUUCAGUUAAUUACUUGUUUAAAUCAGAUAAAUUUAGCACAAAAUUUUUAUGAACAUAAUUUAAAAAGUGUAUUAAAAGAAUUCAUUAUGUCUAUUAGAAUGAAAUUUUCUAAUUUAGACAAUUUUUGUUAUAACAUAAAUGAUUAUAAUUUUUUAAAUCAACAUUUGAAUCAAACAAACAAAUUUGUAUGGUUAAAAAAUGAAGAAAUAUUUAAUUCAAAAAACACUAUAUAUUUACUCUCUAUUUUAAAAUUUCUUUUAAAUAAUAGAAAUAUAUGUAAUAUAAAUACCGCAUUAGAUAUAUUUACUUUUUUGCAUUUUUUAUUAUAUAAUGAGAAAAUAAUGAUAUAUAGUUAUUCUUGCUUAUGUAUAAACAGAUUACUAAAUCAGAAUCUGAGUGAAGAAGUUUUGAAUAUAAUUUUUAAUAAUACCAUACCAAAUAUCUUAAGUAGAUUAUUAUUUUUAUUAAAAUUUCAGAUUUAUAAUAAAACAUUAAAUGAAUACAUUUUAAUUACUAUAUUAAGAAUAUUUUUAAUAUAUCCAGAAAAAUUAUCAAGUUUUUAUGUAUCAAUUUUAUUAAUUAUUGAUAAUAUAAUUAAAAUAAUAAUAAAUGAUACUCAUAAUCCAUUAUUUAAUCAUUAUUUAUUUGAAUUGUUAACUAUAAUUAUAUCUUUAAUAUAUAAAUCUGGAAUUCCAGAUAAUAUAAAUCAAGUAGAAAAUGUUAUUAUAACAACCUUUGCACAAAUCUUACAAUUAUAUAUUCAUGAUUUUAUUCCAUAUAUAUUUCAAAUUUUAUCUAUAAUAAUAGAUAAUACUAAUACAAUUCAAAAAAUUCAUCUAAAAAUUUUGAAUAACUUAUAUGAAAUGGAUUUAUGGAAAAGUACAAUUGGAAAUGCUAAUGGAAUAAUUUGUGUUUUAAAAAGUUUUUUUAAAAAAUAUAAUUUACUUCAAGAUAUAAUUAAAAAUAAUAUGCAACAGUUGUUUAAUAUUUAUCAUUACUGUUUAUCUAACAAAAAAUUAUCUACAGAUUCUUUUCAAAUUAUUUUAAUUAUUUUUACAUUUUUACCUGUAGAAGCUUAUCAAUCAUUUUUAAAACCAUUAUUUGUUUUGUUAUUCACUUUUGUGCAACAGUAUAAAAAUGAUAUUAUUAAAAUUAAAGUAAUUCAUUCCUUAUCUGUUUUUAUUUUAAAAACUGAUGUUAACAUUUUUAUUAACACUGUGGAACAAAUACAAAAUGGUUUAAUCUUUAAUGUAUUAAAAAGUUUAUAUAUGCCUAUAUUAGAUAAAUUAAUAAAUGUGAAUGAAAAAAUUAUAAUAUUUUUAGCAUUAACAAAAUUAAUAAGUAACGAAAAAAUUAGAAAUGAAUCAUUCGUUGUAGAAACUCUUAAUCACUUAAAUAAAAAUAUUACUAAUAAUGAAUUAGUUUUAAAAAAAAGUAAAAGUCAAUAUAUAGAUGUUGAAAAAGAUGAAAUGGAUAAAAAUUUUGAAGUUACAUAUGUUAAAUUACAAAUGAUUAAUAAUGAAAACAUUAAUGAAACAGUUUUAAGGGAUAUAAAUAUCAAUGAAGAGUUAAAACAGAAUUUAUUUAAUCCAGUUUUUAUGCAAAUUUGUCAUAGUAAUUCAUAUAAUAGUAUCCUUCAAUUGUUUAAUAAUUAA